AUGGAUAAUCAAGAUGAAGAAGUCCAUCAACCUCAAGAAGUUUACAAUCAAAAGAAUAGUGAAGAAUAUAAAGAAAUUGAAAGUCAAUGGAUAGUUAUACAAAAUGAAUUGAAAACAAAACAUAUUACACAUGAUCAAAUAGAUUGGGUCAUACCAAACAAUAAUAACAAUAGUAAUAGUACUAGUACUAGUACUACUACAAGUACGACAUUAAAAUAUGUUGGAGGAGUUGAUAUAAGUUUUGUAAAAGAUAAUGAUGAAGAUGCAUGUGCAUCAUUGAUUAUAUUAGAGUAUCCAUCACUUAAAGUGGUACAUAAAGAGAUGGAGUUUGUAAAGUUGGAUCUACCUUAUAUACCUGGAUUUCUCGCAUUUAGAGAGUGUCCUUCACUCACUAGGUUGAUCGAUCGUGUCAAGACACAACACCCACGAUUCUAUCCACAAGUACUGUUGGUCGACGGUAAUGGAUUCUUGCAUCCACGUGCAUUUGGUUUGGCGUGUCAUUUGGGUGUGCUCUGCGACCUGCCAACUAUUGGUAUUGGAAAGACAUUCUUUCACGUCGAUGGUCUAGACACUAAGGCUGUCAAAACUGCCUUUUCUCAACAGUGUAAACAAGCAGGCGACCAUUACGACCUUACCGGUGACAGUGGUACUGUGUGGGGAUCAGCAGUACUCAGUCACAUCAACUCUAAAAACCCAAUCUUUGUAUCAGUAGGUCACCGUCUCUCUCUUGCCUCAUCACUUCAAGUUGUUCAAGCUUGUACUACAUCCAACCGUAUCCCUGAACCUGUAAGACAAGCUGAUCUAUUAUCUCGUGAUUUCAUUAGAAAGAAUUAUAAACCUUCACCUAUUCCUUCGCCUACUACAACUACGACCGCGACCACUACAAGCACGACAACAACUAACGAAUAA